GCCACUGCGAGUUAUCUUCUUCUUUACUCAUGUUCCAAGUCAUCAUCAUGCAUUCCUUCGCCAGCAUUAUGGUAGAGGACCUCUCUCGCUACGUACGAGGAUGCAUUCUACCGACAUGUAGGCGAUGCUAGCACUACUUCCUUCACAAUGGCCGUCGAGUACAAAUAGUCGUCCAGGCCUGGUUCGUAUCGCAUCUUGUUUCUCCUCAACCUCCUCAACCCUCCCCGAAGCAUCUCAACUCGUCCUUCAUCUUCUUCGAUCAGUCAUCAUCCACAUUAUCAUGUCUUUCCUCCGCACCCUCACCGCCCUCUCCGCUUGCCUCGCGCUGUCAAGCGGCGCACCAACAGGAGACGUCAAUCCAUGCCAGCCUCACAAGCGCUUCCGACUCAUGGCCAACGUAACCCAAACCUACCUCGCCCCAGUCACAUGCACCAUGCCAAGUGACCAGUGCAAUGCAUACUUCAACGAGAACAGCACCACCGGCUUCGAAUACAUCAUCGCCCAGGGAGCCAACCACCUGAUGAUCGCCGCCGUGCCGCCCGGUUCAUCAGUCGUCACCGGCCUCUACGCCGACAUCUUGGUGGACAAUCAAGAGCCUCGCGCCAUCACCUUCACUUCGGGCAUCCCGGCCCACAUGAACUGCACCGUGGUGCAGAGUCCGAGCGGCGAUGGGACGUGUGAUUUGAAGUGUAUGGAGUCCACGUAUAAUCGGCGGCCAGUCCUCUUGGCCACGUCCGUCGAGACGUUCGAGAAUAACCUGUGGUAUGCUGGAAAGCGGUUUACGGAGACGGUGGUCAAGGCGGUGUAUCCGUCGACAUGA